AUGUAUAAAUUAGACCUGCCUUUAGACAAAAAAGAACAUGCUGCAAUUGAAAGACGAAGACUUUUUGAGAAACAGAGAAUGGCUAGGAUAUUCAAUGAGAAAAUUAGACGUAUUGGAGUUGAUGAACGCGCAAUAGCUCAGCAAGUGAAAGAAAAAUUAGAACGUGAAGAAAGUGAAAGGCUUAGAGAACUUGCCUUUGCUAAGGAAGCAGAACGGAAUGAUAAGUUGGCUUUGCUAAUGGAGAAGCGACAAACUGAAGAGCAUCGGAUGUUAAAUAGAGCUAUAAAUGAAUAUCGGCUUCAGCAUCAAAAGCCAACAUCUCGACGUGAAUUCGAUCUCAACGAUCCGGAUGCUUUAAAGAAGGAGCUGCCAGCUCGAAUUUCAGAUGACGAUUCUCGUUGUGGCGCCUCGUCUUUACAAAAAUUCGUUGGUGAGGAUCUGACUAAAAAGGCGAGAGAUAAACUUCAACAACAGCAGAUGAGUGCGUGGUUCGAUAAGCAAAUUGAGGAACAUAAUAGGGCUGAUGCUUCUAGGAAAUACGAUGAAAAUUUGGAAGCCAUCUAUAGACGCGAAAUUGAAGCUCGAACAAUGGCGUUAGCGCAAGCGGAAGCAAAUUGUCGUCGAGCGGUGCAAUGCGCCGUACGACGUUACAAUGAGGCCAUGGCUGCUGAACGCGAACAGAAAGAACGCGAAGAGAGGAGACUUGAGGAAGAAACAGGCAUGCAGGAGAUUUUAAACGCCAUCAACUCCGAUUUUCUUAAUGAAAAUCCUGCCCAGGCUCGCUCUGCUCUUGGACCAAAUCGCGCCAGAGAAGAAGAAGAGAAGAAGCUGAACAAUCUGCAUGAUGAACAGCUCAUUAAAUCAAGCAAAAGGUAUUUGCUUAUUGAAAAGGAAUACGAAAGAAUACUCCGUGAAAGACGUAGACAGAUUCAACAAGAAAAUAUGCUGCUUGCAGAGGAUCAGAAGACUUUCCAAAAAUAUCUCAAUGAAGAGGUGUAUAAAUAUCAACCCACGUCGGAAUUUUUUACACAAUUCAAUACCACCUCGCGGUAG